GUCGUCACUAAGAGAGCGGACCGCUCUACAUGGCGCUGCGCUAUUUAUAUUUAUAAUUUAAUAUAUUUUUUGUAUAAACUUUUUUAAAGUUCAAUCUAAUAAAUCACCCUGUGAUAUAAGAUCUCCUUGAUAAAAUGGAAUUCCUAUCGCGCAAAGUGAAGUCAAACGGACAAUUUGACACAAAUCAAUUGAAUGGCGCGCCUGGGGUUUUUGGGAAGAAGCGGAGUGAAACCACGAUGAGUCCAGCGCCCCCCGCGCAGCGCGACAAAACCGUCGCACCAUUCAUAGCUAGCAAGCAGUCGCUCGCUGUUAGUGGUGGGAAGAAUACGUACGAAAUGGAUCGCGAUCGUCUUGGAGUGUGGGGAUGCGGGGACUCGCAGUCCAACAGCCGCCUGUCGGGCCUCGACCGCCUGAAGCACCCUGGACUCAACAAGGGUAUGGCGUUCACAAUAGAGGAGCGUCAAGUGAUGGGCAUCCACGGUCUGCUGCCGCCCAGGGUCAAGAGCCAGGAGGAGCAGGUGCAGCUGUGCAAGCUGUCCAUCGAGCGGUAUGAAGACCCGCUCAACAAGUACAUCUAUCUUAUGGGAUUACUGGACCGCAACGAGCACCUAUUCUACCGCUUCGUCGGCGAGAACGUAGCGGACAUGAUGCCUAUCGUGUACACGCCGACCGUAGGGCUCGCCUGCCAGAAGUACGGGCUCGUGUACCGCCGGCCCAGGGGACUGUUCAUCACCAUCAAUGAUAAGGGACACGUGUACGAGAUGCUGUCUAACUGGCCAGAAACAGACGUGCGCGCGAUCGUAGUGACAGACGGGGAGCGCAUCCUCGGUCUCGGAGACUUGGGCGCGUGCGGCAUGGGCAUCCCCGUGGGCAAGCUGGCGCUGUACACCGCGCUGGCGGGCAUCAAGCCGCACCAGUGCUUGCCCAUCACGCUCGACGUGGGCACAAACAACGAAGCGUUCCUCGAGGACCCUUUAUACAUCGGUCUGAAACAGCGACGUGUCCGUGGGCCCGCGUACGACGAGUUUAUCGACGAGUUCAUGUGUGCAGUCGUGCGUCGGUUCGGGCAGAACUGCCUCAUACAGUUCGAGGACUUUGGGAACGCUAACGCGUUUAGGCUCUUGGAGAAGUACCGCGGGAAGUACUGCACGUUCAACGACGACAUCCAGGGCACAGCUGCGGUUGCUGUGGCUGGGCUGCUGGCGAGUCUGCGUCUCACGCAAAAGAAACUGUCUGAUAACGUCAUCGUGUUCCAAGGAGCUGGAGAGGCAUCCCUGGGCAUAGCGGAACUGUGCGUAAUGGCGAUGAAGGCCGAGGGCACUCCAGAGGCCGCAGCCCGAGACCGCGUGUGGCUGGUGGACUCCAAGGGGCUCAUUGUGAAGGACAGACCCGAGGGUGGGGUCAACGAACACAAGGCCAAGUUCGCGAAGGACCACCCCCCUGUGCGCACGUUGGCUGAGGUCGUGGAUGUGGCUAAGCCGUCUGUGCUUAUUGGUGCCGCAGCAGUGGGCGGCGCGUUCACACCCGCCAUCUUGCGCGCGAUGGGCGCCAACAACGCGCGGCCCGUCGUGUUCGCGCUCUCCAACCCCACCAGCAAGGCCGAGUGCACUGCUGAGGCCGCGUAUUCUAAUACUGAUGACCGUGCAAUCUUCGCGUCGGGUUCCCCGUUCCCCGCGUACCGCACUAAGGACGGACGCGAGCUGCGGCCCGGGCAAGGGAACAACUCGUACAUCUUCCCCGGGCUGGCCCUGGGCAUACUGUGCGCCGGUAUCGUGGACAUUACGGACGACUUUAUGUUGUUAGCUGCUGAGGCUCUCGCUGAAAUUGUAUCUGAUGACGAUCUGAGCCACGGCAGUCUGUACCCACCGCUAGAAGAUAUCCAAAACUGCUCUGUCAAGAUCGCCAAGAAGAUUGUUGAUCACGCUUACAAGACAGGCAAGGCUUCAGUCCUGCCGCAGCCCAUAGACACGGAGGCGUUCAUUCGCGCGCAAAUGUACGACGUGCGAUAUUCUCCCGCCAUUCCGCCCGUCUACAGCUGGCCGGGCGACGGGCCCGUAGUGCAUCAGAUGUAGACUCUGUGCUCUAUACUCUAUGACACUAAAGUUACCAAUCAAAAUAUUGUAAUCAAUUAAAAAUAAUAUUUAACAAUUUUAUUCCUUGAUUUUAUUCCAAUGUUGUCAUGAUUGAGGUUAGAUAGGUGUCAGUCACUCGAAUAACAGAUGAUUUUUUGUAAACAAAUACACGUGUUAGUUAUUUUCACAAAUUGUUACUUUAUAUUGUGUUGCGAAAUCUAUUUAUUGCAUUGUUUUGCGCUUCAGUAGCGGUACUUAAAAUAUGAUGUACGAAAGGAUGUAAAUUAAUAAAAAAAUUGAUGUAUGUACUGUGAUAAUGGGAAAGAUAGAGGGGGCUAAUUAUUUCAUUUUCUUUGGAAAUUAAGAUCUUUCAUAAUGAUAACAUACAUUCCAAAUAAGUUACCACUAAAACAGUCUUUUCUUGUGUUAAUAUGUUCAAUUCUUGAUGUUUCCUUGUUUCAUUAUAGCUUUUCCGAAUAUCAUUUACCAUUUGUAUUAUAAACAAUCUUUGUUACUGGGAACCUAAUAAUAUUGUUUACUAUUUAUUACAUAAUGUUAGAAAUAUAUUUUAAUUUUAUGAAUGACUGCAAUGUAUUUGUAAAUUUAUAAUAAAUA